AUGGAAGGCGGCGGACGCAAGAGGGGCACGGCCGACGGCGCCGCCGUCGGAGGCAAGCGCACGCGAGAAUCGGAGUCAUUUCAAACCGGCGUAGGAAGCAAAUCGAAGCCAUGCACCAAAUUUUUCAGAUUAGUUCCACUCUAUAUCAGAACAUCAUUCACUGUAGAACUUCUCUUCUGUCCAUUUGGAUUUACCGCUGGUUGCCCCUUUGGUGAGGGUUGCCAUUUCCUCCAUUACUUCCCCGGUGGCCACCAGGCUGUUGCAAAGAUGAGCAACCUAGGUGGCCAAGCAUUUGCACAUCCCCAAGGAAGAAUGCCCUCAGGAUCUGCUGUUCCAGAUGGCCACCCUACACCAACUGUCAAGACUAAAUUGUGCAACAAGUAUAACACUGCAGAGGGAUGCAAAUGGGGCGACAAGUGCCACUUUGCACAUGGUGAGAGGGAGCUCGGCAAGCAGACGUUCAUCAACAACUCCAUGCCACCCCAUAUGGGACCAAGGCCCACUGGUCACUUUGGACCUCCGGCAAUGCCCAGCCCUGGCAUGGCCACCCCGGCAGGCUUCGGGGCUUCUUCCACAGCCAAGGUCAGCGUCGAUGCAUCCCUCGCAGGCGCCAUCAUCGGGCGGGGCGGAGUCAACACAAAGCAGAUAUCCCGGGUCACCGGGGCCAAGCUGGCCAUCCGGGACCACGAAUCGAACGAGGCCUUGAAAAACAUUGAGCUCGAGGGCACGUUUGAUCAGAUCAACAACGCCAGCGCCAUGCUCAGGGAGUUGAUCUUCAGGAUCAGUGGCGGUGCCAACGCUCCUCCGCCGGGCGUGAUCCCGGCUGGAGGAUCUCACCGCGGCGGCGGCGGCAGUGGGCAGGGAAGCAACUUCAAGACCAAGCUGUGCGACAACUUCACGAAAGGAUCGUGCACGUUUGGCGACAGAUGCCACUUUGCCCAUGGCGAGAACGAGCUGCGCAAGUCGGCUGCCGUGUGA